AUGAGGAGAACAGCAGCAGCAGCAGCAGUAGGGGUCCUCCUCUUCCUGACCUCUACAGCGGCAGAAGAGAACAACGAAAAAGAUGAUGGAGGUUCCGGUGACGCCAAGUUCUUCGUGAAGUCCUACUCCACUACCACCUGGACCUUCCUCUCCUCCUUCACCUCCACCGUCCCUUACACCUGUUAUACCACCGGGGCUGGACUAGCCGCGUGUUCUGGCCGCAGACUUCAUCGCAUGAAAAACGCAAAGCUGUACUUGUCCUCUCAAGACGACCUUAAGGAACUCGACAGCAGUGUGUUGGGUGAUUUUGACGAACGGGAGAAGUUCUUCUUCACGGUGUGGAGGACCGCCAGCACCACCGCCACAGUCACCACCUACUCCACCAACCGCUCCGUCACCAUCUCCGCCUCCAUUGCCUGCACCUACCCCGGAAUAGUAUAUAAUAAUUGUUAAUACAUUCCUCGACGAAGACAUUGUUCACCUCUUGCUCAUCCCAACUUCAGUGUUUACCAUUAGGAAAAUAUCUGCAAUAAUUACUCAGAUGCAUUCGAAUGUGUGAUGCUUGUUAUUCUAUUUAUAAUUAUUGAAAAUAUCUUACCAUAGCUGGGAAUAUUGACUGGCUGAGUGUUGCAUAUUAACGGAACUGAGAUGCUGUACUCCAUUUGAUCGCCUUGUAGUAUCAUCGCUUAUAAUUUCUUGAUGAAAACCAUCGGAUUAAAAUGGGAUAAGCAAGAGUUAGCAUUCUUGGAUAACGAAGCUGUAAUAUAAUGUAUAUACAUAA